CAUACACGCUAUAUGAACAUACGAAAAAAAGUGUUCAAAUGGCCGAUCUUAAAGUGCUCUUCUGCGGUCAAGGCGUUGUUCAGACUGACCACAGGGACAUCGACUGGUCCCUGAAACAUCAGCAAAACCAUCCUUCAGUGUGCACGGAUGAAAGGGCAACUUCCAACGAAGUGUGCUGCCAGGCGUGUCUGGAGGAGAAUGUUAAUGAGGUCAAUGGCGUUUCAGAACCAUGGACAGCGACUCUGCCGAUUGGACGACUCCGCAAAAUGAAUGAAUGGAGAUUUGAUGAAGAGGUUGAGAUAUGCUACGAGGAGGAGUUUGAAACAGCUUUUCCUGGUGUGACUGACACUUCUGACAAAAAGGACGGUCAGCUGUUAACAGAGGAGACCAACUACGACAACUUCAGUUGGAGUUCUUCUAGAGAUCUCCAAGAGGUCCCGGAAUGUUCCUUGCUGUCGGUUGACGAUUUCAUGGUGGAUUCAUCGGAAAAGUCUGUGGAUUAUGGAUUUAUAGGUGCUGUUACCUUUUUAAUUACAGGGAUAUCCUUGGUUGUGAUCUCUUACACGGUCCCACGUGAUGUCAAAGUUAAUCCUGACACUGUUUCCGCUCGAGAGAUGGAACGCUUGGAGCGAGAAAACGCCCAGGGAAGAAAGAAAGUCAUAUGGGUGUUGGAACGACCUGAGGUCCCUUUCAAGGCAAGUAAGUUCACUUGGCGGGUGGCCAUCUUUGGAAUGCCCCGGGGCAGCUAUUUUCAAUGGAUACAAGUUUCUCAAUGUCAAGAAGGCAGAGAAUGA